AUGGAACUCAUCAAAUCCAUUCUUCUUAAACCUUUCCACAAUUUUAUCCAUAAAGAUUUUCAUGAAGUUGUAGCAAGAAUGACCCUUAUCGAUAGAUUUAUCUUUCUCAUUAUUCACUCCAUCGACAAGUUAGGUAUAUGGCACAGGUUACCUGUGUUCUUAGGUUUGAUAUACCUGGCCCUGCGUCGGCAUCUUCACCAAGAGUACAACUUGUUCAACGUCGGAAAAUCACCGGUCGGAGUACGAUAUAAUCCGGCCGAUUAUCCUUUCAGAACAGCUGAUGGAAAAUUCAAUGAUCCCUUCAAUGAAGAAAACACUGAUCAACAGGUAGAACUGGUUGCACCCAAACAAGUGGCAAGUCAAUGUCCUCUCAAAUCAUUCAAGUUCUACAAGUCGAAGGAGGUCUCGACUGAGAACGGCUAUUAUGGUAUCGACACCGGCUAUUUGAACCGUCGAACACCUUGGUGGGAUGGGAGUUCUAUAUAUGGUAGCGAUGCAGAAACUUUACAGAAAGUAAGGACUUUCAAGGAUGGAAAGCUCAAGAUUUCAAAAAAUGGCCUUCUUCCUCACCAAGAUGGCCAAGUUAUUUCUGGAGAUGUUCGUAAUAUAUGUGCUGUCCUCUCCACAUUGCAAGCCCUGUUUGUCCAGGAACACAAUGCCGUCUGUGAUGCCUUGGAGGACGAGGAACUGUAUCGGCAUGCACGGCUGGUGACUUCAGCUGUAAUUGCAAAAGUCCACACAAUUGAUUGGACCGUUGAGCUUCUAAAGACUGACAUGUUACGUGCUGGAAUGCGUGGAAAUUGGUAUGGGUUGCUGGGGAAGAAGUUUAAAGAUACAUUUGGACAUGUUGGAGGGGCCAUAUUGGGCGGCCUUGUGGGAUUAAAGAAACCUAACAAUCAUGGCGUCCCAUAUUCAUUGACUGAGGAAUUUGUGAGUGUUUAUAGGAUGCACGGCCUCUUGCCAGAUACCCUUCUUCUUAGGAAUGUCGAUGCAGCACCAGGACCAAACAAAUCUCCUCCUCAGGCUAAAGAAGUGGAUAUGCGUGAACUGAUUGGUGACAAAGGAGAAGAGGCCUUGCAAAAUAUUGGCUUCACUAGGCAAAUGGUGUCAAUGGGACACCAAGCAUGCGGUGCCCUUCAGCUUUGGAAUUAUCCUAACUGGUUUAGAGAUCUGAUUCCCCAAGAUGUAGACGGUAGAGAUCGGCCGGACCCUGUCGACUUACCAGCUCUCGAAAUUUACAGGGACAGAGAAAGGAGUGUUGCCAGAUAUAAUGAUUUCAGGAGGUCCCUCCUACUGAUUCCCAUUUCCAAAUGGGAAGAUCUUACAGAUGAUAACGAAGCUGUCCAGACCCUUCGAGAAGUCUAUGGCGAUGAUGUGGAGGAGCUCGACCUUCUUGUUGGUCUCAUGGCCGAAAAAAAGAUCAAGGGAUUUGCUAUUAGCGAGACGGCCUUUAUAAUUUUCCUCCUCAUGGCAUCAAGGAGGUUAGAGGCAGACAGAUUUUUCACGAGUGAUUUUAGUGAAGAGGCGUACACAAAGAAAGGACUGGAAUGGGUAAACACAACUGAAAGCCUGAAGGACGUUUUAGAUCGACAUUACCCUGAGAUGACGAAGAAAUGGAUGAACUCAAGCAGUGCAUUUUCAGUAUGGGAUUCUGCACCAGAACCACACAAUCCCAUUCCCCUCUAUCUUCGAGUUCCUCACUGA